AUGGACCCCUCACCAUCUCCUCGCGCUCGAGCUCGAGCUACGCGGCCCAGGCUUGGACGGAACUCGAUGAGCAGUGGUUCCUUUAUCGAUGAUCACCAGCAAUACAAGUCCGUACACCCAGGUCCUAGUUCCAGCAUCGAUGGAGUCCUUGAAGCACCCUUUGAGCAGCCAGGCGCAUCCCUUUCGAAUCUCUCCACCGCACCUCGCACCUCGCACAGCCCUGUCGCCAUACCUCCAUCUCCUUCCUUAAUCAUCAGAGAUAGUGGCAUAGUCCAUAGCAUAUCGCAUGCUGACUGUAUAUCACCCCCGGAAGACCCAUCAAAAAUUGUUGCCACCAUCUUCUACAACUCAGCCUUACCACGGCAUCCGCAGAUCCAUCCAGAUCAUAUCUUACCCAAUCUUGUACCCGAGGCCAGACCAGCUUUACCACCACCGACCAUAGCAUCCGGCUCCGCGCCAACAACAGAUAUUUCCAACUAUCCACUCGAACCCCCUCCGCCGGAUCCUGAACCUCUCGAUCACCUUUACGGUCCCUAUGUAUCUCAAAUAUGCCUCACACAUUUCCUCUCCACCAUCGAUUCCCUCCUUGCCCACAAUCCACCAGCCCUGCGUCGGCUCACCUCCUCUCAUCGUUGUCUUAGUCCUUCAUCAACUCAUCCUCGGAUAAUGGAAGUUAGUUUUGCUCCGCCUCCUAACCCCAAAUACCUCACCUUCUCUGAUCUUUGCAAACACGAAUCCAUCUAUCGCUUUGAACGAGAAUGGAAUUGCGAGGUAAUCUUUCAACGCGAAACUAUCUUCCGCCGCUACAAGCGGCUCUGUGUGUUCGACAUGGAUUCAACCCUCAUCCAGCAAGAAGUCAUCGAUGAGAUCGCAGCCUACAUCGGCGUCGAAAAAGAAGUCUCCGCGAUAACUGCCCGCGCCAUGAACGGCGAGCUUGACUUCGCCGCCAGCCUGAAAGCCCGCGUCGCACUGCUGAAAGGUGUGCCCAGCGACGUCUUCGAACGUCUCAAACCAAAGAUCACAAUCACGCCAGGCGCGAAGGAACUCUGCAAGGUGCUCAAGCGCCUCGGGUUCACCCUGGCCGUCCUUAGCGGCGGCUUCCAACCCCUAGCCGACUGGCUUGCUGCCCAAUUAGAUCUGGACUAUGCAUUCGCAAAUCACCUCGUCUCAGACCCCGGCACAAACACGCUGACUGGGGAACUCGACGCUGCCCACCCCAUCGUCGACGCCCAUCACAAACAGAAUCUCCUCCUCUCCCUCAUGACCGGCGAGGGUCUCAGCGUCGAACAGACAAUGGCGGUAGGUGACGGCGCGAACGACAUCCCCAUGCUCCAGGCUGCCGGGUUGGGAGUCGCGUGGAAAGCGAAGAGCAAAGUCCAGAUGGAGGCACCUGCGAGGUUGAAUGUUGGGGAGAGCAUGUUGGACUUGGUUUAUCUGUUAGGGCUGACGGAGAGGGAGGUGGAGGAAUUGCUUAUGGAUUGA